AUUUUUGUACCUUAUUGUAUACAAUUUUUUAUUUUCCUUUUUCAAGAUUUUGUUAAUUACCUCAAAGAUUCGAAGAAGACCGUUUCCAAAGACUUGGUUUUUGCAGUCUAUUACCUUUGUCAUCUAUCAAGUAUCUUGACGUUUGCAGAUAUUUUCAGGGUGGCAUUGUUGGGGUUUGGUUCACUAUAGUGUUUCUUCAACUUAGCUAUGGAGGUUAGUAUUGAAUUAGUUUUGAGCUAGAGAUGGAAUGCUUGUAUGGUCAAUUGAAGCGUGCAAACACCGAGCCUGUUGACCUAGACAAGAUAACGGAAACAAUGGAAGCUGAAAACGCAAGCGGAGGGGGUUUAUACCUUCCUGGGAAGGAUAGAGUGGUAUUUAAACCUCCAGAGAGGAAAUCUCUCUUAGGGCUUGAUGCCCUAGCCAAUGCAAAGCGGGGGGAGUCUAAGGUUGAUGGUGGCUUUAAAGCCCCUAGAGAAAGAGUUGUUUCUCUUGCAGCAUCCAUGGAGGAAGAGGAGAACUCAGUAUCUAUCGUAAUAGAUGAAUCAGGGAGUAACACCUCCACUAGCAUGCGGAAUCCUGCUAGGAGACGUUAUCGAGAAGUAGCUGCAAAUGAGACACCACAUAGAGAAAGUACUGAUGAUGAUGCAUAUGGCUCUCAGAGUUUCAGAGAACAUAAACAUUCAGAUGUUUCAACCAUAUCCACCCGAAGCUCCCAGAGCAUCCCAUCUAGGAGCCCUAGGUAUGAUAGGGAUGACCAUGUUCGUGAAAGAAGAGAGCAUAGAGAUCAUUAUGACAGGGAUGACCGUGGUGGUGGGAGAAGAGACUACAAGGAUGACAGGAGGGUAAGACAAGGACAUAGUAAUGGCAGUAAAGAUCAAUAUUAUGGAAGGGAAUCAUCUGAUCGUUAUGAACCAGGGUAUAGUGGAGAUCAUGGAAGAAAGAGAGGUAGAUAUGAAAGUUCAACAAGGGGAUCUGGCAGAUCAAACUGGGAUGAUGGGAAAUGGGAAUGGGAAGACACACCACGACGAGAUAGUUAUUCCAAUUCCAGCAGGCGCCAUCAACCGUCCCCUAUGUUUGUUGGGGCCUCUCCGGAUGCAAGGCUUGUUUCCCCAUGGUUGGGUGGCAACACCCCCCAUUCUUCUGGCUCUAAUGUUUCUUCCUGGGACAAUAUCUCACCCUCACCAGCUCCCAUACGUGCUUCUGGAUCCUCAGUCAGAUCUUCAAAUUCUAGACAUAGUGGGAAGUCCCAUCAAAUCACUUUUUCUACAAAUAAUUCACAGUCAAAUGAGGAUGAAGAAGCUGAGAUGACUGAAGAAGCUGAAGAGCAGAAGUACGAGAUUUCUGAAAGCAUGCGCCAAGAGAUGGAAUACAAUUCUGAUCGUGCCUGGUAUGACCGAGAAGAAGGUAAUGCUAUGUUUGAUGCAGAUAGCUCAUCCUUUUUCUUUGGUGACGAGGCUUCUUUACAAAAGAAAGAAGCAGAUUUAGCCAAAAGGCUGGUUCGAAGAGAUGGUACUAAAAUGACACUUGCUCAAACCAAAAAAUUGUCUCAACGCACUGCUGAUAAUGCUCAGUGGGAGGACAGGCAACUAUUGAGAUCUGGAGCUGUUCGCGGUACUGAGGUACAGACUGAUUUUGAUGAUGAAGAGGAACGCAGGGUUAUUCUUCUUGUACAUGAUACAAAACCUCCUUUCCUAGAUGGGAGGGUUGUUUACACCAAACAAGCAGAGCCAAUAAUGCCAAUUAAGGAUCCCACAUCUGAUAUGGCUAUAAUUUCACGCAAAGGAUCUGGUUUGGUUAAGGAAAUCCAUGAGAAGCAAAGUAUGAACAAAUCACGGCAACGCUUUUGGGAGCUUGCAGGCUCCAAACUUGGUGAUAUCCUUGGUGUUGAGAAAACUGCAGAGCAGAUUGAUGCAGAUACAGCAGCAGUUGGUGAAGAAGGUGAAAUUGAUUUCAAGGAAGAAGCAAAAUUUGCACAACAUUUGAAGAAGGAGGAAGCUGCGAGUGACUUUGCGAAGACAAAAACUCUUGCUCAGCAACGGCAGUAUCUGCCAAUCUACUCUGUGCGAGAGGAAUUAAUGCAGACAAUACGUGAAAAUCAAGUUGUUGUUAUUGUUGGAGAAACUGGUUCAGGAAAGACAACCCAAUUGACACAGUAUCUACAUGAAGAUGGCUACACUGUCAAUGGAAUUGUGGGAUGCACCCAACCUAGGCGUGUGGCAGCAAUGAGUGUUGCAAAAAGAGUUAGCGAAGAGAUGGAGACUAAGUUAGGAGAUAAAGUUGGUUAUGCUAUUCGUUUUGAGGAUGUGACUGGGCCAAAUACUAAAAUAAAGUACAUGACAGACGGAGUACUUCUGCGCGAGACACUUAAGGAUGCUGAACUUGAGAAGUAUCGUGUCAUUGUGAUGGAUGAAGCCCAUGAGAGGUCUCUGAGCACAGAUGUUUUGUUUGGAAUUUUGAAAAAAGUUGUUGCCCAACGUCGUGAUUUUAAGCUCAUCGUGACAUCUGCUACUCUCAAUGCCGAAAAAUUUGCAGAUUUUUUUGGAAGUGUUCCAGUUUAUAGAAUCCCUGGAAGAACAUUUCCUGUAAAUAUACUGUACAGUAAAAGCCCAUGUGAGGAUUAUGUUGAAGCCGCUGUUAAACAGGCAAUGACUAUCCAUAUCACCAGCCCACCCGGGGACAUUCUCAUCUUUAUGACUGGCCAAGAUGAGAUCGAGGCAGCCUGCUAUGCUCUUGCAGAGCGUAUGGAACAACUUAUCUCAACAACAAAGAAAGGGGUUCCGAAGCUCUUGAUACUUCCAAUAUAUUCACAGCUUCCUGCUGACUUGCAAGCAAAAAUAUUUGAAAAAGCUGAAGAGGGAGAGCGCAAGUGUAUUGUGGCCACCAACAUAGCUGAAACAUCUUUGACAGUAGAUGGAAUAUUUUAUGUCAUUGACACUGGUUAUGGUAAAAUGAAGGUGUACAAUCCUAGAAUGGGCAUGGAUGCUCUGCAAGUUUUCCCUGUCAGUCGAGCUGCUGCUGACCAGCGUGCUGGACGAGCUGGAAGAACUGGCCCAGGAACAUGUUAUCGACUGUACACAGAGAAUGCAUACCUCAACGAAAUGCUACCCAGUCCUGUGCCAGAGAUUCAAAGGACCAAUCUUGGGAAUGUUGUCUUGUUGCUCAAAUCUCUGAAAGUCGAAAAUUUACUUGAUUUUGAUUUCAUGGAUCCACCUCCCCAAGACAAUAUUCUUAAUUCUAUGUACCAGCUGUGGGUCUUGGGUGCUCUUAACAACGUUGGGGGCUUGACUGAACUUGGGUGGAAAAUGGUGGAGUUCCCAUUAGAUCCCCCCCUUGCUAAGAUGCUCCUAAUGGGUGAACAGUUGGGAUGCCUAGAUGAGGUUUUGACUAUUGUAUCUAUGCUUUCAGUGCCAUCAGUAUUUUUCAGGCCAAAAGAUAGGGCAGAGGAGAGCGAUGCUGCACGCGAAAAAUUCUUUAUCCCAGAGUCUGACCACUUGACUCUCUACAAUGUUUAUCAGCAAUGGAAACAACAUCAAUACAGGGGAGACUGGUGUAAUGACCAUUAUUUGCAUGUAAAAGGAUUACGGAAGGCGAGAGAGGUGAGAUCGCAGCUGCUAGAUAUUUUGAAGACGCUGAAAAUUCCCUUGACAACUUCUUGGCCUGAUACAGACAUUGUGAGAAAGGCUAUUUGCUCUGCAUAUUUUCAUAACUCAGCCAAACUAAAGGGCGUGGGAGAGUAUGUCAAUUGCAGGAAUGGGAUGCCUUGUCAUUUGCAUCCUAGCAGUGCUCUCUAUGGCAUGGGCUGCACACCGGAAUACGUGGUUUAUCACGAGUUGAUUCUUACGAGCAAGGAGUACAUGCAAUGUGCCACAGCGGUGGAGCCCCAAUGGAUGGCUGAGCUUGGACCCAUGUUCUUUUCUGUCAAGGACUCCGAUACGUCGUUAUUGGAGCAUAAGAAGAAACAAAAGGAAGAGAAAACGGCCAUGGAAGAAGAGAUGGAGAAUUUGAGGAAGGAGCAAGCUGAGACAGAGAGACGGAACAAGGAAAAGGAGAUAAAAAAGAGAGCUAAGCAGCAGCAAGCCGUGUCAACACCGGGGUUGCCAAAGGGCUCUUCUACCUAUCUGAGACCGAAGAGACUUGGGUUGUAAGUGUAUAAUAUUUUUUAAUUGAAUUGUUGAAAGGAACCUAUUGUACGCGUCAAACAUAAAUUUUGUUCCUGGCUUGCCAAAAAUGGAUAAAGAAAAGAAAAAUAAAAUUCAUUCUUAUUCACAAUGGGCAUAUAAAUUUUCUUCUGUCCAGCAAAGCUAAGAGCUUGUGAGUUGUAAUCACCCAAAAAUAGUUAUAACUGAGACCAGAGAAAUUACUGCUAAAGAUAUCUGUGAAUGACUUCAUUCCUUUUCAUUUGUUGA